AUGUCAUUGAUUCAGCAUGUCACGCAGCAGGAAGGCACAGAUCGUGAUGAGGCGUUGGUAGACUUGUUUCUGCCGCCGGUCGAUCGCCAGAUUAGCCGACAGGAAGCCACGGAGCGUCGCUAUUCUCUCGAGAGUGCAAUCUCAGGAGCAGGAUUGCAGGCAGCACCAGGCCAGGGCAAGACCGUCAAGAGGAUCAUCAGUUAUGAUGUGCUUCCGAGGCCGGAGGCGCCAGUCACUGGAGAGGAGUAUGGGGGGUUGACGCCGUACAAGGUGCCAACUUCCAAACGUAUUGCACAGGUCGUUGCAAUUAUUUUGGCUUGUUGGUUCGCUAGCGGCAUUGUUUUUGGAUUCGCAGCUCUAAAGCCUAUUCUAAUCAAAGAGGGUGUCUUCCGAGAUCUCUGCACACCCGAAGAGCUGGACGCAGACGUGGAAGUCUGCUUCGACCAAGCCCUUCGAUUAAACUUCUUCUUCUCGCUGGCGUCUACUACUGCAAAUGUAUCUGCUCUCCCUGUUGGUACUCUGCUCGACCGCUAUGGGCCAAGGCUCUGCAUGUUUCUUGGCUCCUUCUUCCUUGCCAUGGGCAGUCUUCUAAUGAGCCUGGCCUUUCAGGUUGAGGCCUUUGAUGGAUAUACGAUUGGAAAUUUCUUCCUUGCGCUGGGCGGCACAUUUGUCUUCCUGCCCUCGUUCCAAAUAGCUAAUGCCUUUCCCAAGAUAAGUGGCACUAUCGUCGCCCUCGUCACUGGCGCCUUCGAUGCAUCAGCGGCUGUGUUUCUCUUCUACAAGAUGGCCUACGACGCAACCGAUGGGACUUUUAAGCCGCAGACUUUCUUUCUCGUUUAUCUAAUCGUUCCCAUCGCCAUCACCAUCGCCCAACUCACCUUCCUCCCAAGCGAGGCCUACAAAACAGCGCCGCAAUUGGAGAUGAAGAUUCAAAAAGCGGAAGACCCCAUGCAAGACAUCCACUCCUCAGAUGACGAUCUCCCAGAAGACGAAAUGUGGCGCGUCAGAAAAGCCCGUAGCCUGCGGCGACGCGAGCGCAUCAGCAAACUCGACGACCUCGUCGGCGACGAAGCCACGCGCAAGAUGCGCGAGGAGAAGCAGGAACACAAGCUCGAAACCUCGGGCGUCUGGGGCGCACUGCACAACAAAUCCGCAAAGGACCAGAUGCUCACACCCUGGUUCAUACUCCUUACUCUUCUCACUGUCGUCCAGAUGGUACGCAUGAACUACUUCAUCGCUACGAUACGGGAGCAGUACACAUAUAUGCUCGGAUCCGCCGAGCUCGCCGCCAAAGUCAAUGACGUCUUUGACUGGGCACUGCCCCUUGCCGGUGUCAUAGCCACGCCCUUUCUCGGCGCACUUCUAGACAACGUGAGCACGCCGGGCGUGCUCCUCAUCCUCGUCAUCCUCAUCACCGCCGUCGGCGUCGUGGGCUCCAUUUCCGCGCUCUGGGCCGGCUACGUCAACGUCCUGCUCUUCGUCUUCCUCCGACCGCUAUACUACUCCGCCAUGUCCGACUACGCGACCAAAGUCUUUGGCUUUGCCACCUUUGGCCGCGUCUACGGCACCAUCAUCUGCUUCUCCGGCCUCAUCAACUUGUCGCAGACGGGCAUCGACGCUCUGACCAAGACGGCGUUCAACGGUAAUCCCAUUCCUGUCAAUGUGUUUUUGUCUGUUGUGGCGUUUUUCAUUGGUUCGGCGCUGGUUAUCUAUGUGACUGUGCAGGUGUAUCGGAUGAGGAAGAGAUUGGACCGGGAAGACGCGAUGACAGUUACGAAUACGGAUGUUGGAUCUAUUAUGGAAAGUUUGCUCGAGGAAGAAGAGCCGAGUUAUGGGACGAUGGGCCGUGGAAGACCGCCGGCCUGGGAGGCUUGA